AUGGCUCACAGCCUCUACACCAACGCCAUGCCAGCGCUGUGGCAGGCCAAGGUGACCGCUGGGCGGCCUCCGACGGCCCCCGGCCUCCUUCUGGAUCGGGGGCCUCUUCUUCCCGCAGGCCUUCCUGACGGGCACCUGCAGAACCACGCCCGCCGCACGGGCACCGCCAUCGACGCGCUCUCCUUCACCUUCCAGGUGAUGCGCGAUCCGGCCGAGGCCCUGGUGAGGCCUCCGCCCGACGGCUGCUACAUCUGGGGCCUCUUCCUGGAGGGCGCCCGCUGGGACGCGCCCAGCGGCCUCCUAGCCGAGUCGCUGCCGCGGCAGCUCCACACCCCCAUGGCCGUGCUGUGGCUCAGGCCUCGUGUCCAGCAGCAGCAGCAGCGGCAGCAGCAGCAGGAAGGGGAGCAGCAGGGAGGGCUCGGCGGCGAUGGCGGCGAUGGCGACACAGAAGCCGGAGUCUACUGCUGCCCGUCUACAAGACGUUGGCGCGAGCUGGAACGCUGUCCACCACCGGUCACUCCACCAACUUCGUGAUGGCCGUUGACCUGCCGAGUGACCGCAAGCAGAGCCACUGGGUGAAGCGUGGAGCUGCCUUGCUGUGCGCCCUCGACUACUGAGCAGGUGAUACAGUGGUACUUCAAGGCACUAGGGGCCGUCCAUAAAUGACGCCACGCACCUGGGGGGGGGGGACAUUUGCGACGAUGUGUGACGAGGGGGGGGGUCGGUUGAGAAAUGUGACGUCACAUCAAAAUGCGCAACUUUAAAUAAAUAUAGACAACACGUUCUACUUAAUUAAAUAGACUUUGUAAUAAAUGUUUUCUCCUACAACAUCAGAGUGCAGCGCCACAUUAAAUACGCACUACAAUGACAA